AUGGAAAACGGAAACUCGAACCCAAGACUUGAUAGGUUACUUAAGAAGCUUCAAGCAGCAGAGAGCUUACCAAAGGAUACACGCAUUAAGAUGGAUGUUAGUGAUUUAAAUUGGCUUUGUAAUGAGGCCAUUAAAGUUUUCAAGAGUGAACCAGUACUUUUGUCUCUUAAAUCACCAAUCACUGUAUGCGGCGAUAUCCAUGGUCAGUUCUAUGAUUUGCUCAAGUUCAUGAAGAUGGGUGGUCAGCCUCCAACAACGAAUUAUCUAUUUUUAGGUGAUUAUGUUGACCGUGGCAAAAAUUCAGUCGAAGUAUUUACAUACUUAUUAUGUCUCAAAAUCAAAUAUCCUAAUAACUUUUGGAUUUUAAGAGGAAAUCACGAAACUCGCGAUAUCUCAAGGUUAUAUGGAUUUUUCGCCGAAUGUUCACAAAAUUACAGCCCCGACUUAUGGUCAAAGUUCACAGACGUGUUUGAUUACAUACCUCUUGCAGCAGUUAUCAGCGAUAGAAUUUUCUGCGUUCACGGAGGUCUUUCACCAGAACUCCAAGAUCUUUCACAGAUAUCGAAGCUCCAGAGGCCAAUACGUAUUCCAGACCAAGGAUUACUUGCUGAUCUAGUUUGGGCUGAUCCAAGUAAUGAACACCUCGGCUGGAGGCCAUCUGAGAGAGGAAUAUCAUACUCUUUCGGCUCAGAUAUCGCAGAGAAGUUCUUAUCAAAGAAUGACUUCGAUUUAAUCUGCAGAGCUCAUCAAGUUGUCGACAGAGGUUAUGAAUUCCCAUUUACUCCGAAACAAUCCGUACUUACAGUCUUCUCAGCGCCUGAUUACUGCGAGGAAUUCAUGAACCGCGGUGCAAUGCUCAAAGUUGACCAAGAUUUACGCUGCACAUUCGAAUUUGUCGACCCACCAAAGAAGAAGAACGGCGCAGUUAGAAGACCACUUACUGCUUAUAUGCGCUACUAA